AUGGGUAACCUCUGCGGCAAAGAAUCCUCUGACGCCUUCGCGCAACCCGGCCGCACUCUCGCAGAAGCACACCCAGCUUCAGGAACACAGAACCAGAAUCCGACAGCCAGCGUCCCGAAGAAAGUGGUAGUCGGAGGACCGCCUCGAACUUUAGGUUCCGGGGGUCAGAGCGGUAGUGCGCAGGAGGAUGCGAGGAGGAAAGCGGCGGAGGCAGCGGAGGCCAGAGCGAAUGCUGCGAGUAAGCCAAAAGGCAAGUUAGGGAGCCAGUUACAGGAGCAGAAGAAGCAGACAAGAUCGGAUACUUUGGAAGGACUCAGCAAAGAAGAGCGGAGGCUGAGAGAUGCGGAUUCAGCCGCGGAGGCGAGAGCAUACAAUUGA